UCCGAUGCCAUAAUGCAAUUUGGUUCCCAAGAUGGCAAUUAAAGUUUAUGGCCCUGCAAAGGCUGCUUGCCUACAAAGGGUAUUAGCUUGCUUUUUGGAAAAAGACCUCCAUUUUCAAAUUAUAACUCUUGAUCUCAAAUCCGGGGACCAUAAGCAUCCUGACUUCCUUCUCAAACAGCCGUUUGGGCAAGUUCCGGUGGUAGAAGAUGGCGAUUUUCGACUUUUUGUAGAAUCGAGGGCAAUUUUGAGGUACUAUGCAGCCAAAUAUGCAGACAGAGGGCCAAACCUACUGGGCAAAACCCUAGAAGAUAAAGCUUUAGUAGAUCAAUGGCUUGAAGUCGAAGCACACAACUUCAACGACCUGGUCUACAAUAUUGUGCUUCAACUUGUCGUCUUUCCUCAGAUGGGGCAAGCUGGAGACCCAAAGGUAGUGCAGAACUGCGAGCAAAAGCUGGAGGAAGUAUUAGACAUAUACGAGCAAAGAUUGGCGACGAGCAAAUAUCUUGCCGGAGAUUAUUUCAGUCUUGCUGAUUUAAGCCAUAUGCCUGCAAUUAGAUACCUUGUGGAUGAAGUUGGGAAAGGGCAUUUGGUGAGAGAGAGGAAGAAGGUUAAUGGCUGGUGGGAAGAUAUCUCAAGCCGUCCUGCUUGGAAGAAAUUAAUGGAGCUUUGUGGUUACUGAUUAAUAAUUACUUUCUAUGUUGUAUUGUUAGUUUAUUACUACUAUUACUAUUAAACUUCGUCCUGUAAUCUUAGUUUAUUACUACUAUUACUAUUAAACUUCGUCCUGUAAUCGCGUAUUUGUGUUGAUUUAAUUUAAAUAAUUUUAAUUAAAUGAUAAAAGGUAAAAUUAUGUGUUCU